GUACGUGCCAUGGGGGGCGGCUGGCCAAGCAGCGCCGGCAGGGGUGCCAAGCACACAGCGGGAAUACGCGUGCGUGAAGCCGAAAGAUCGGUCAUUCAACACCCUCGCGCACUUCUUUCCUUCCACAUUUUCGACCACAGCAGCUCCCGAAAUCCGUAGGCUCCGCGAUCCAGCUCAAUCAACCUGGGAGAACGAGGCGCUCUGGCAGUCAAACGAGAGCGCACGCGUAAAGAACAGGCCGACUAUUAGUCCUGAGCGCCGCGCGCUCAUCACAGCUUCGCCCAGAUUCAAAUUAGCGUUAUCCCGUCAAAGAUGGACAUCUACGAUACGUCUAUCAUGGAUCCGGACCCGCCGCGGCCGGACGAGAGCUCUCCGCAGCGACCGGAAGACGACGCGCCGCCGCCGCCGGCCGGCGGCGACGACGUGAGCCCGACGCUCGGCGCCCUCAAAAACGUGGGCGGCGCGGUGGGCGGCGCGGCGCUCGCGGGACUGGGCGCCGUCAAGAACGUGGCGGCCGGCUUGGCCGCCACCGUGCUCGACGACCUCCUCGAGCCCGAGGAAAACCAGGGCGCCCUGGACGACGUCCUGCGAAGGAUGAGCGGCGACGAAGAUGGAGACGGUUCACCACCGGGAGGGCUGCUCGCGCACACGCGGAACGAGGAGCGGCGGCGUUGCGAGGCACGAGUCAGCGUCCUCGCACGCCAUCGCCGCGACUCACAAAAAACGCAAACCGCAGGCCGAGUACCGGGCAGCGCAGGAGCGGCACGCGCGCGCCGCGAGGGAGCUCGCCGAGGCGGAGAAGCGGCGGCAGCAGCCUGACGAGGUCGAUGGCUUCGUUGGUCUGUGCAUAAAUCAACCAGUGAACCAGUGAGUCGGGUGCACCCGAUAAUUGUUCACAAAGUCAUUUCUCGGCGAUGACGUGGCCACCGCGCUGGCUCCGUCGAGCAGUGAGGAACCGACAUCGCCACGCUAUCGAGCAGGCGUCGCGUCGAUGGCGUGGAGGUCGACGCGGCGAUUCAGCGCGAAGGCGCCGUGAAAUUUUGAUUUAUGCACAGGUCCUGGUCCGCGACCUGGCCAAUCCGACCGGUGCCGACCCGCCCGUGCCGCCGCCCGAGUACUGCGUCGUCUCCAUCGCGGCCGACUAGAUCGCCUUGCUUGUUUUACCCCUUUACGCUGUAAGUAGAAGUCUACUCGACCGCGUCGAUGCGGCGGUCGGUCGCCCCGCGUUGUACUCGUGUCUGCGUGAGCCGGAGUAAAGGUAACCCACGUUAGCCGCCCCCCGAGAAAACAAAGC